UCUAUAAUAACAUGCUCGUUCCGAAGGGGUACAAAGUGGAUGAGGGGAGGAGGAGGGGGAGGAGGAGGAGGAGGAGGAGGAGGAGGAGGAGGAGGAGGAGGAGGAGGAGGAGGAGGAGGAGGAGGAGGAGGAGGAGGAGGAGGAGGAGGAGGAGGAGGGGGAGCAGCAGGGCAGGCCUGCGGCGAGCUUCAAGCCCUCAGAGGUGCUCACCCUUGCAUGGGCUCGCUUUGCUGACAACAGCACCAACGGCACCAGCAGCAUCCUCCGCUGCACCCACAUCAGCCCCCACUGCACCAGCAGCAGCCUCUUCACCAGCAGCAGCCACUGCACCAGCAACAGCCUCUGCACCAGCAGCAGCCUCUGCACCGACAGCAGCCGCUGCAUCAGCAGCAGCCUCUGAACCAUCAGCAGCCGCUGAACCAGCAGCAGCCUCUGAACCAGCAGCAGCCACUGCACCAGCAGCAGCCUCUGCACCAGCAGCAGCCUCUGCAGCAGCAGCAGCCUCUGCACUGACAGCAGCCACUGCACCAGCAGCCGCCUCUGCACCAUCAGCAGCCGCUGAACCAGCAGCAGCCUCUGCACCAGCAGCAGCCACUGGACCAGCAGCAGCCUCCGCACCAGCUACAGGUUCUGCACCAGCAGCAGCCGCUGCCUCUGCACCAGCAGCAGCCUCUAGUGCAGCAGGAGAAGCAGCCUAAGU